CAAAAGAAAAGAGGAGAAACAUGCGGAUUCUUCACGUGACGUGCUUAAAUUCGCGAAGGAACCCCCUGAAGCUGGUCGUAACCACGGGCGCGCUGGAGUCUCAGCUCAGGGAAAGUUGCUGAUGCUGUCACUGCCUUAAAUUAGUGGAGCACUCUCGUGUGUCCUCUUCACUUGGACGAAAUCAUCAUAAGAAACCGCAGAGGACCUCUCGCCAAAAACUGUCACAAGACGCUCACUGCCUAGCUUGAGUGCCAGUCACUGGUUGCUAUGGAGAAGGCAGUUGCCUGACUCCAGAAUAAGUGGAUUUACUUCAGGCGUGGACAGAACGUGCGCAUCGCAACUAUUCCAAACAAAGGAAAACUAACUUUAUUGUUUUUACGCGCACAGUUCCGACUCAUUACCAAGAUGGAACAAACCCAUUACUUGGUCACAGUGUACUUGCUGGUGUUUUCUUUUGGUUUGCGGAUAGAAGAGGGUGCGUGCCAGCAUUACUACCUUCUCCGCCCCAUCCCGAGUGACAGUUUGCCGCUUGUGGACCUAAAGGAGGACCCAGAUCCCGUCUUCGAUCCGAAAGAGAGGGACCUUAAUGAAACUGAACUGAAAAAUGUGCUUGGGGAGUUUGACAGUCGCUAUAUGUCCAUUACACUCCCUCAGGACAGAUACAUGGGGAAUGAUGAACUUGAUGAUUUGGACAUCCCAAACAUCCCCACUGGUGUCAUGCCAAAGGACAUCAAAGCCAUGGAUUUUGACAUUCAGUUUGGCAAGAAGCGCAAACCCAGUAAAAAGCUUAAACGGAGGCUGCAGUUGUGGCUGUGGUCGUACUCUCACUGUCCGGUUGUUUACACAUGGAACGACCUCGGGAACCGAUUUUGGCCCAGAUACGUUCGAGUGGGAAGCUGUAACAGUAAGCGUUCUUGUUCGGUUCCAGAGGGAAUGGUCUGCAAACAAGCCAAAUCAACCCAUAUCACAAUACUAAGGUGGAGAUGCCUUCAGAGGAAAGGUGGACUCAAAUGUGCUUGGAUAUCAGUUCAGUAUCCAAUUAUUACCGAAUGCAAGUGUUCUUGCGCGAACUGAAAGGACAGCAAAUUGUGUCUGUUAUAAGUUAUAAUUACGUUGUAAUUUUGUAUGCACUACCAAGUGUAGGACGAAUGUAUUUUUUUUGUAUAUGUGGUGCCAUGUAAUGAUAUAGCUUCUUGUAAAAAGACAGUAUUAUGUGUAACCAGAAUCUACUGUAUUUGUGGAAAAUAUUGGUUAUAACGUUUUGUAUUUAUAUUGAAGCUAAUUGCGCAUUGCUGUCAAAGAGCCGUUUUCCAUUCUUUGGAAGAUAUGGAUCUAUGGACCUCAGACUAAGUAUUGGUUUUAAAAGUUUUGCAGGACAGCUGCGUUCAAAUGGUAGGCCUACAUUUUCAACGGUUUAUCAUGUAAAUUAAGAGUAACUGCUAUUUAUUCUUUAUAUUCAUAUAAUAAAACGACUGUAAAAUAAAACCACUGA